AUGGCGUCCUCCAUUAUUAACAAUCAGCGAUCUGGCACCCUGUACAUCACUAUUUCUAUCCCACCUCUACUCGCAUACCAACGACCAAGCACCCUUCCAUAUCCUACCCAUCUUCCCCCGGAUUUCGACGUCACAAACUACGAGCUCGAAUGUGCCCACGGCUUCGAAAAUGAAGAGUUCAGCUGGGGCUUGUACUUCAAACACGAUGAGAGCAACGGCACUUGGUACAAUCUCCGGAAAGUCUCGCCGCUCAGCAUCGAUCGGACGAUGCCAAUCCCGCCAGCCUUCGAACUGGUCAAGCAAGAUCUCCCCAUUGGGACCCUCCGCCUGAAUGCAAUGGUCGUCGGCCUCAUCCGCGUCUUCGCCGAGGAACCGGGGGCCAACACAGAUGCCCACGCGGGGGGGCUUCGCUCCUACCUCGACUGGCUGACUGCCAACUUGGCGAUCCAAGCCACCAGGUCGUUCCUCUGGGUUGUGAGUGCGUACGUGCGAUGCCGGCAGCAUGUUACCAAGGCCCACGGCCUCAGUGACUCGGGCACCUUCGACAUCAGUCGCUUUCUCCAAGAGGCCUUGACCUUUGCCUACCAGGAAGUGUGGUACGCCGUCGGUGGGCAGUUACCCCGACCUAUCAUCAUUUCGCAUCUUGGAGCUGCACUCGUGAAGGAUGAGUUUAUCGAUGGGAACCGUACGGAGGAAGUUUUGCAGAGUGUUGAGAAGGACGCCGAGAAAGUCCUCGAUGUCACCGACGAGAGUCACUGGCCCAAGCUGCCCGACAGGACCAAAAAGACCAAGUGA